CUGUAACAGCAUGUUAAUUAACAUCUUGUUUCAUAUGGGUCAUUGUGGGCUUAAUUUUACUAUUGGUGGUAUGAAUGUUGGUUUAUACAGGUCUUUAUUUUUUUGUUUAUAUUCUGUUAAUAGGGGUGGUGCAGUGGUUGCACUAUUGCCUCACAGCAAGAAGGUUCUGGGUUUGUGCCCAGUGGCUGACUGGAGCCUUUCUGUGUGGAGUUUGCAUGUUUUCUCCAUGUCUGUGUGGGUUUCCUCCAUGUCUGUGUGGGUUUCCUCUGGGUGCUCUGGUUUCCCCCAAAGACAUGCAGUUAGGCUAACUGGUUCCUUUAAAUUGCCCAUAGGUAUGAGAAAGGAACUGGCCACCUACUGCUGCAGUUCUGACCAAGUCAACCAAACGUGGUUUGCCUCAAGGCUGGAUCGGGUUCGGCGGUGACGACAACGACGAUUUCGUUAAUACAAGACUACUUUGUUUGUUACUUCUGGUAUAUUAUUGCUGAAGUUUGUACAGUAUGUGAGUUGUUCAUGUUUAUUUAUGUGUUAAGUAAUAUUAGUCAUGGGAACCUUCAUGAAAAUAUUAUGUUUAUUCCUGCAAAUGGAUAAGAUCAGUAGAGAGGGAUUCUUGUGGUCAGGGUUUGUGAUGCCGCUUCUGUAGUUUAGUUGUCCUUAGGAUGAAUAAAUACAGGUUUCCCAUUGAAAAGGGUAGUGGACCGGGGAGGGGGCUGUCACCGGAAGCUCUGUGUGUGUGUGUGUUGUGUGAGAGAUGCACAGUGUGUGUCUGAAUCUGGUAAUUAGUGAUUAUUUUAAACCACAGGCUUAGCCUCUGAUGCACUCCUGCUGGCUCCCUCACAGCCAAUCGAUGAGCUGUGUUUGUGUCUGUGUUCUUUAGCACCUCCUCUUUUCCUUCACCUGAUCAUUCGCCUUUCUCUUCUCUCUUACUUUCUCUCUUUCUGUCAGUCCAUUGUGUUUCAGAACUGCCAGAGGACAGCUGCGUAAUCCGUGUCAGGUUGUAUGCUACUACACUACUUUCCUCUUCACGGUUCAUAGUGGUAUUAGUCUGGUAAACAUACUGAAGUUAAUAUUUGUGGUGAACUUCCAAAAUUGGGUUCUGCGCUUGGUUCCUUGAAGUUGCUUGUAUAUUUGAGUACGGUAGGUAGACUGCUGCAUUGAUGCCUGAUUGAUAUACAUUUAAUGCUUAUUUAAUUUGUGUCUGUUUUAAAAUAGUUUACUUCAUUAAAAGAAGCUUUACAGAUUUGCCUCAAAGAAGCUUUAGAAAGCCUCCAUGGACGUGUUCUUUCGACGUCACUUUAAGAGGAAGGAGGCUGUUUUUGCUCGGCCAGGUGGCGAAGGGUCUGAGCCAUGUCGAUCCAGGAGACCCAGUAUUGCCGUACCAGCGAGCCGUGCACGCAGGCGUUCCAGUGCAGGUUUUGCCUCCGCGACAUUGGCACAACGCAGGAGAUCCAGUGCUCAGCUACAGUCACUACAGUCACUGCCUCGUGCUGCUUGCAGCCGAUCGACUAAGACUGGUAAUACGAGACGCCGCUCAAGCACCACCACUCCAGGUGCAAAUCCACGUUUUGCUGUACACCGCAAGAAGGCAAGUAAGUUGCGUAACAUUGACACGCACCUUCUUGGCCCUUCCAUGUUGCUCGCCAGCCUUAUCCAGAUGACGGAGGAGGAAGAGGAUGUUCGGGACCAAGCUGUUGGACAGGUGGAGUUGAAAGAGAGCAUGUCCUAUGUCUGCUCAGACCCAAUGCUUUCAGAAGGAGACUACGAAAGUGAUAGUCCAAGCUCCACUACUGACUCUGAACAUGACCAGUACUCAGAGCCAUAUGACGAGCAUCUUAUGGAGGCAAGUUUGUCAGAGCAUGAGUUUAGAAAUUCCUCUAUUUUGUGCCAGCGGAACUGCCUGCCUCUGAGUGUGGUUGUCGAGCGAGUCCAGGCCCAUACGUUAAUCCGUGUUCCACGAUGUCUCAGGAGAAAUUCCUCUUACUUGGGCCAUGCUGAAGGUGGCCCACAAGGGCGUUAUUACCAGAGAAGGCGCCGCAGACGUGUCUCAGUCAUCUCCAAGGCAGGCAGCCCAUGGCCAGGAAGAGGUCAACCACUGCCUAGCCGCAGGAACUCCACCUGCUGGAAGACGCAUGGUGCCUUUAGCCCACUAAUGGGAGCCCAUUAUGACCCUACACUGGAGUCAUGGAGUGGCUUCCUCUCGAAAGCCAUUGCCAAGUCUGGUGUUCAGAACCAGGCCAACCAGUCCAGUGCCUUGGCAGCAACCAAGUGUGAAACUAACCAGGAGAUCUCCCAGACAGUUGACUGGACCGAGAAUGCUCAGUUCGGACAGCACGUCUGGUUUGAGACCAGUCUUUCUGGGGAUUUCUGCUAUGUUGGAGAGCUUUAUUGCUUUGCCAAAUCACUGCAGAAAUCACUGCCUCGCUAUAAAUGUGCUGCUUGUAAAAUAGCAGUCCAUACAAUAUGCAUGGACCAGCUAGAGAAGAUUAAUUUCAGAUGUAAACCAUCGUUUCGGGAUCCAGGCACAAGGAAUGUGCGAGAGCCAUGUACUGUAAGGCAUCACUGGGUCCACAGGAGGCGGCAGGAUGGGAAAUGCAGACAAUGUGGAAAGGGUUUCCAGCAGAAGUUCUUCCACAAUAAAGACAUCGUGGCCAUCAGUUGCUCUUGGUGUAAACAGGCGUACCACAAUAAGGUGACCUGCUUCAUGCUACAGCACAUAGAAGAGACCUGCAGUCUCGGUGCACAUGCUGCUGUUAUAGUACCUCCUACCUGGAUCAUCCGAGUACGCAGACAGCAGGCUUCCCUAAAGUCUAGUAAAAGGAGGAAAAAGACAUCUGUGAAAAGCAAGACCAGCAAGAAAGGGACAGAGGAUGGCAAAUGGAAACACUUUAUAGUCAAGCCGAUUCCCUCUCAGCUCAUGAAGCCAUUGGUUGUGUUUGUGAAUCCAAAGAGUGGUGGAAAUCAGGGAACGAAAAUUAUUCGGUCUUUCUUGUGGUACCUAAAUCCCCGACAAGUGUUUGAUCUCACUCAAGGAGGGCCUAGAGAAGGGUUAGAAAUGUACCGCAAAGUGCCCAACCUACGUAUCCUGGUAUGUGGAGGAGAUGGAACGGUUGGCUGGAUCCUGUCAAUGUUGGAUGAGCUGCAAUUGAAUCCUCAGCCUGCUGUUGCUGUCCUCCCACUUGGCACAGGAAACGACCUGGCCAGAACACUCAACUGGGGAGGAGGCUACACAGACGAGCCAGUGUCUAAAAUUCUGUCUCAUGUCGAGGAUGGGAACAUUGUGCAGCUGGACCGCUGGAACCUCAGUGUGGAGCCCAACCUAGAGGCCACCGAAGAAGAGAAAGAUGAACACCAGACAGACAAGCUUCCCAUUGAUGUCUUUAACAACUACUUCAGCUUGGGUUUCGAUGCACAUGUAACCUUAGAGUUCCACGAAUCCAGAGAGGCCAAACCUGAAAAAUUCAACAGCCGUCUUCGGAAUAAGAUGUUCUAUGCAGGGACGGCAUUCUCUGACUUUUUAAUGGGCAGCGCUAAAGACUUGUCUAAGCACAUCAGAGUGGUGUGUGAUGGCACAGACCUCACUUGUAAAGUUCAGGAGCUGAAACUACAGUGUUUGCUCUUCCUCAACAUUCCACGAUAUUGUGCUGGUACAAUGCCAUGGGGCAACCCUAGCGACCACCAUGACUUUGAGCCUCAGAGGCACGAUGACGGCUACAUAGAAGUUAUUGGAUUCACCAUGACCUCUCUGGCCACGCUGCAGGUAGGAGGCCAUGGCGAGAGGCUACACCAGUGUCAGGAGGUGACUCUCACCACCUUUAAGCCCAUUCCUGUGCAGGUGGAUGGAGAGCCAUGCAGACUGGCUCCAUCCGUUAUCCACAUCACGCUCAGGAACCAGGCCAACAUGCUGCAGAAGACCAAGAGGAGAAUCUCCCUCCCACAGCUCAAUGAUCAGCAGCCCAUCUCUGAGCAGCUGCAUAUCCAAGUGAGCCGAAUCAGCAUGCGUGACUAUGAGGCUUUACACUAUGACAAAGAUCAGCUCAAAAAAGCCUCAAUUCCUCUGGGAAUCAUCACUGUCCGGGCAGACAGUGAUUUGGAGACUUGUCGUCUUCACAUUGAAAGGCUUCAUGAGGAGGGGAUUGAUGUAAAUUCAGACACGGCAACCAUACCAAAGCUCUCACCAAAAUGGUGCUUCCUCGACUCCACAACUGCGGAUCGUUUCUACAGAAUAGACCGUGCUCAGGAGCAUCUGAACUAUGUGACCGAGAUCUCACAGAAUGAACUUUUUAUCUUGGACCCUGAGCUGAUCAUUAAGGAAACUGUGGGCACCUCUACUGGAAUGCCAGAAAUGGUAGACACACUGGAAAAGAACUCUGAUAGCUCAGAUCAGACUGCCUUCCCAGCAUGCCCUGCAGCAUCUCCACCACUCAAUAGGGUAAAUGAAGAUCAAACUGCUGCACAGAGAAAGCACAUGUUCUGUGACAACCCCAAUGCAGAGGGACAUGCUGAUGCACUGGCAUCUAUCAACACAGACAUUUGCAAAUCAGACGACAUGGUCCAGAAUGAAAUUGAUAAAGAGACCAUGAAGAGGCUAAUCACAAGUGUGAAGUCAGAUAAUUUUAAAAAGUUGGUAGAGCUACACAAAGAUGGAGCCAAUCUUGCAGUGCAUGAUGCAUUGGGCUGUACGCUGCUCCACUAUGCUGUAGAUACUGGCAACAAGGAAAUGGUCAGAUACAUCAUAGACAAUGCAGCUCCACUGAGUAUCCUGGAUGUUGCAGAAAAAGACACAGGUGAGACAGCGCUGCACAAAGCUGCAGCAUUGUGCCAGAGGACAAUCUGUGGUUACUUGGUGGAUGCAGGAGCUUCGCUCACAAAGACUGACCUACAGGGUGACACUGCAAAGGCACAUGCCGAGAGAGCUCAGGACUGGCAGCUGGCUGAGUAUCUGGAGAACCAGCAGCACCACCAGAUGAUUCAGAGGGAUGACCAUGAGACAUCAGUAUAACCAACAGCCUGAACUGUCCUGAUCCUCUAAUGGAAAAUGCUUUUCUUGCCAUGGUCUAAUGACAAUACUGGGCAGCAUGUUAGUCUGAACGAAUGAGGUUUGUUUCUUUCUUGACUGAAAUGCCAAACAAAGACAACAUGCAAUGUCCUGUUGUAGUUGCGCGAAUAUGCUUCUCUUGUACUGCAGAUAAUGUUGUGCCAAAUGCUAAAUUUCCUAGAUAAUAAUGGCAAAAAUAUGUGGGACAUCAGGGUUAGAAGAACAGAAGUACAGUACAGUACAUCUGACUGUGGCUUAUCCUUUAUUAAGCAAACCGCUUAAACCUCAAAACAGAUCAUUGUGGACAGAAGGUUUUUUUUUUUCUGUAUUUAAGGAAUCUAUCUUACUUUUAACUUGGUAUUUGCUUGCCAGACACUUAGAUACUUAUGCUAAUCCAUUUUGCCUAGUUUUAUUCACAUUUUAAACGGUUGGUUUUUUCAUUUUGACUGAAUUGGACUUUACAACAGCCAUCUGCAUUUAAAACUUCUUCCUUGGCUGCGGCUUUAUGAGUCAUUUCUGUCUUUUUGGUAAAUGCUUGUAUUUUAUUAUAAGAAUAUAGUUAUUCGCAUGAUUCUGUAAACCCUUUGAAAUGACAGUUAACGGCUGCCUCCUUUUUGUGACCUUCUUUUAAUCUUAUACUGAACUAACUAACUUUCAGCAGAUUUCUUCAAUAGAUGUGGAACGUUGCACUGAUUGUUUAAAGAACACUUAUAGUAAUGUGAUGUUCUUGCAAGGAAUAAUAUUAAGUCAUUAGGUCAUGAUGCCUUUAGGAAUAAGUUACCGUUUGUCAUGUUUUAAUUGAUCUAAGAGGUCUUUGAUUAAAUCAGUACAUGUGAGUUCACAGAUGUUUCAGAUGCUUGCAUUUUAGCCACAGUGAAACAUGCAAUGUGCCAUUAAAAUAUGAUGUUGGAAUUUCUACUAAAACAAUCUGGGGCUGGGUAACUACAUGUUUACACCUAAUGAGUAAAGACAUUACAUCUUUUUGUGCUUACACAAUUGUUAGUGGCAUAUCCUCAGGUACUGAAUGUAUUUUUUUUUCUUUUUUUUCCUUCACAGCCUAUAAUAUGUAUUAUUUUAAUGCAGUCUGCCAUCAUUGCCUUAGCAUUAUUAUUAUUUUUUAAUGUACUGUCAUGAGUUAUGAGUUAAACUGCACUGUCAGUGCUCUGUUUCGAGUUGCUGUGCAAUUCAUUAUUAGACAUUGUGUGUACAUAUCUAUCAAGCAUUUUAAAAAUGUGUGAGUAACGAUACCAUUCCAGAGUCCUGUUGAAGCAUUUGUAUUAUUUUAUGAAUUUAAAUGAACUUAUAGGCAAUAGUUUAAUCCUACUAAUACAAAACUUUGUUAGAUAAUAGAUUAUAGUAUUUACUGUAUAUUUGCUGGUUUGUUAUUGUCUACCUGUAUAAAAGAAAUAAAGUUUUAAAUUUC